AUGAAAAUUUAUGAUUCUUUCCAUAAAACCAUAAAUGAUCACCUACACAUUUUGAAUGAUAGAAAAGUAUUGGAUAGGGAAAAAAAAAUGAAUUCCUUAAAUAAUAUUUACGAUAUGAUAUCCAACUUUUUUAAUAGCAGCAAUAAUGAAGAAAAAGAAAAUUUUUGUACAUUUUUCCUUGAAAAUUUAUAUGAUCCAUUAAAUAUUUUGAUAAAUGACGAAUUCGAUGAAUGCAGAAUAUUUGUUCUAAAGAUUUAUUUCUUGAUUGAAAAGAAUUUAAAUAAUUUAUUGCUAGAUAAUAUUUUAUUUAAAAAGUUAAAAAAUGAAGACAAUUUUGUAUUUAUAUGUACAAGUCGAUUGAAAGAAGAUGAAAACAAUAAAAUUAUUGAAGAAAAAGAAGAUAUACGAUUAAAAAUUGUUCAAUUUUUAUAUACUAUUCUUAGUAGACAUAAGAACAUGUAUCAACAAUCAUCUACAAUUAUAUUAAAUAUUUUUAUAUAUCUUGAGCAUAUUUUGUCAGCUUUAUCAAUUCUCCUUAAAGAUCCAUAUCCAUUACUUAAAAAACAAACAUGCCAAUUAUUGUAUGAAUUGAAUAUACAAAAGGAAACAAAGGAGGAAUAUAACAAAAUUUAUAAAGACCUAUUAACAAAUUUGUUAGGCAGUCUCCACGUCAGAAAAAAUGAUACUCGCGAGGUUAUUAUUAAAUGCUUAAAAAUCAUUACAUGUAUAAAGACCAAUAGAAAUUCUCUCCAUACUGUAAUAGAAUGUUUUAAAAAAUUGUGCAGAACAAACAUAAGUAAUAAUGUUAUUCAUGAAAUGAUUAACUGUAUCGAGAUGUGGAUUUUAAAUAUUAAAGAUUUAAAUAAUGUGGAAAAGGCCAAACUUAUAUUUAUAAUUUUCCUAUGUAUGAAUUUGAAGAUUGUUCCUUGUACUAUUAAAAGAUGUUAUGAUGUUAUCGAAAAUGUAUGUAAUGAUUUAUAUAAACAAAAUACAAAUAAUAGGGACCAUUUGAAAAAUAACGAACAUAUAUUAUUAUAUACAUUUAAAAAUUGUGGAAAAAGUGAAAAAAGUAAUUAUGAAGAAGAAUAUAAUAAACUAUUAAAUAUUGAAAAAAUAGAAGAUAUAUACGACAUUUUUUUUAAAAAUAUAAAUUAUAUUUUUACAUUUUCAUUGAAUAAAAUAUCAAACAAUGUUCAUAAUUUUUUUUGUGAAAUAAAAAAAGAAUUAUAUUAUGAAAUCAUAAGUUAUGAAAAAAGUUGUUUGUUUCAUAGUAAUGAAGAACUUUUUGGUAUUAUUACUUUAUUUUUAUUAUUGACACAUAAGAAUAGUUUUUUUUUUAUUAAACAUAUUCUAUCAUUCAUAUAUAAAUCUUAUAUAUCAUUCAAGUAUUUGAACUACCCCUCAACCCCAUUAUUAAUAGAUGAUUUAUUAUUUGUAUUACUUGAAAAUAUAAAAUAUCAACAUGAACAAAAUUAUUCUUAUCAAUAUGAAUCGUUAUUAUAUUUAAGUAAACAAGUCUAUGUAAUUUUAAUAUGUGGAUAUUUAAUGCCUAUCGAAUUAUGUAUUAUCGAAAUAGCUAAAAUGAUAUUUGAUGAAAAUGAUGUUGAAAGGAUACUCACAAAAUUUUAUCUAUUUAAUGAUGAAAACGAGAAUUAUAAAGAAUUCAGUUCAAAUAUAAUAGAGACAAAAAAUCAUAAUAUAGAAGAGAUGAAUGAAAAAUUUGUGCAAGAAAAAAAAAUCAAUAAUAAACAUAAUAACUAUAAUAAUAAUAUUAAUAAUAAUAAUGAAUAUAUUUUUCUUAACAAAAACUUUCAAACAUAUCUACAAAAGUGUUAUAAUGAUCUAAGGAAACAAGCGAAUCAACCCUUUAUUAUAGAAGGAGCUUGUAGUGAUAAAGAAAAAAAACACGAAUUUUAUUCAAACGAUCAUUUACUUAUACAUAAUAAAAAUAAUGAUAUAGGUAACAAUACAAAUAUUAUAAUAAAUAAAAUAGAUGAAAGAAAACUAAACUCUAUAUUUUUCCAAUAUAGGAAUGUUGAAGACAAAAAUAUAAGACAAACUGAUGAAAAAAAUAUAAAACAAACUGAUGAAAAAAAUAUAAGACAAACUGAUGAAAAAAAUAUAAAAGAAAAUGAUGAAAAAAAUAUAAAACAAAUUGAUGGAAAAAAUAUAAAACAAAUUGAUGGAAAAAAUAUAAAAGAAAAUGAUGAAAAAAAUAUAAAAGAAAAUGAUGAAAAAAAUAUAAAAGAAAAUGAUGAAAAAAAUAUAAAAGAAAAUGAUGAAAAAAAUAUAAAAGAAAAUGAUGGAAAAAAUAUAAAAGAAAAUGAUGAAAAAAAUAUAAAAGAAAACGAUGAAAAAAAUAUAAAAGAAAAUGAUGAAAAAAAUAUAAAAGAAAAUGAUGAAAAAAAUAUAAAAGAAAAUGAUGAAAAAAAUAUAAUUUGUUAUUCUUUAAAUGAAUAUGAUAAGAAUACAUCUAUUAUUUAUCAAAAUAAAAAAAUUCUUCUUAUAAUACUUUCUCAAAUAUUAGGUGGCUAUUACGUAAAAAAAUAUUCACAAAAUAAUAAAAAGGAACAUGUAUUCAAUGAAGAAUGUAUAAAUUUUCUUUUUUAUCUAAUACAUGAAAAUAUAAUAUAUGAAAACAAUGAUUCUUAUCCAUACAUAUUAAUCACAUUAAAACAUGUAAUACAUAUAAUUGAAAAGGAAUGUAAAAAAUAUACUAAUAUUUUAUUUCACUUUUUAAUAAUUUUACAAACUAAUCCUAAUUUUUGUUCUCAUACUCAAAUUAAUAAUUUAAUGGAAGAAAUAGAAAAAUAUGGUGAAACAAAAAAGAUUUAUUUUUAUAAUUAUGAAUAUUAUAAUUUUAUAAAAAAUAUUAACAGUAUAAUUAAUCUAAAUGAUUUCAAUAAUUUUAAAUAUCAUAUUGAUAUGUUAAAUAUACUUUUAUGUAAUAUAAGUAAUGAUAUACUUAAUAAAUACUCAAAAGAACUAAUGAAUUUUUUUUAUUUAAUAAUUAAUAAAGAAUUAAAUUCAUUGAUUAAACUAGAAUUCUUAUUAUUUUUAAAUUUAUUUAUUUUAAGAAAAAAAAAUGUAUCUACUUUUUUUUUAAAAAACGGAAAGGAUAUAUUAAAAAAUAUAUUGUUACCAUUAUGUACUUGGAAAGCUGGCUUAAGUGAAGCACAAACAAGAAAAAGCGUCUUAUUUUGUAUAAGAGAAUUAUUUAUUAAUAAUGUAUUACAUGUAGAUAUAUUUAAAAAUAAUAUAUUAAUACAAAAUUUAAUAUGUGUUCUUAAAUCUCAAAUAGAUGAUACAUGGAAUCAUGAAAAUAGAGAAAUAUCUAUAUAUAUAUGUUCAUAUAUUGUAAAAUAUGUAACAAAUAAUAACAUCAUAUUAGAUUUAUUAGAUUAUCUAAUAAAAUUAUUAGAUGAUUCAAAUAUUUCUAUACGUAUAUGUACGACAACAGGUAUACACUCCAUUUUUCAAAAUAAAAACUUGGUAUUAUCUAAAGAAAAGUGUGAAUAUAUUUUUCCUCUUCUUCUCUUACAUAUGGAUGAUGAUUACGAAGAUGUUAGUAAAAAUAUUUUUUCUAUACUAAAGAUAGCAAAAGGGAUUGACAAGGACACAUUCAUUAAGCAUGCCAAGAAUUCAUCAGAAUGUUCACACCACGCAAAGUCAUAUAAAAAUCUUUUGAUGAAUGAAGUUUGA